AUGGCUGCUACCAAAACACAAGUUAGUCUUUUGUUGGGUACACUCUUGAUCAUUGCUUCUUCAUUUGGCGUAGUCUUGGUGGCUGGAAACUUCCACCGAGACUUCGACAUAACCUGGGGUGAUGGCCGGGGUAAGAUUCUUGAGAAUGGCCAACAACUUACUCUUUCACUAGAUAAAACCUCUGGUUCUGGAUUUCAGUCCAAAAACGAGUAUUUGUUCGGUAAAAUUGAUAUGCAGCUUAAACUCGUUCCUGGAAAAUCUGCUGGUACUGUCACUGCUUAUUACUUAUCAUCACAAGGACCAACUCAUGAUGAGAUUGACUUCGAGUUCUUAGGAAAUGUCUCUGGUCAACCUUAUACUCUUCAUACCAAUAAUGCUCUUGAUUGUGGUGGUGUUGAAGCUGAUUGA